AUGCACUUGUUCUUGCAACGUGAAUAACUGUUAUGAUAAAUAAUUAAUAGCAGCAUACAAAUUAUUUUAGCAAGAUAGUAACGGUGAUACUUUACUUCACUUGGCAUGUCGAAAUGCACGAGUUGAUAUUGCAAAGUUAAUAACGGAUACAGGACUCGCUAACAUUAAUGCCUGUAACAAGGAAGAAUGGACCCCGUUGCAUGAAAUAGCAAAAAACGGUGAUGAAACAAUUUUACGCCUAUUGUACAGUCUUAAAGCAGAUGCAAAUAAAAUGGACAGGCAGGACCGAACGCCACUAACCAUAGCUGCAGAACAGGGACAUACAAAAGUUGUUGAAACUUUAAUUGAUAAAUUUGGAAGCUCCAUUCGCGCCCGAACUGCCGAUGGAUCAACGCUGCUUCAUGUGGCAGCAUUUAGUGGUCUUAUGUUGUCAAUUGAAGGUGCCCUUGGACUUCAUGCAGCUGCAGCUGCCGGUUUCGAUGAUGUAGUUAGGAUGCUGAUAAGUAAGGGAACACAUGUAGAUACGAUGACGAAGGAUAACUACACAGCGCUACAUGUUGCAGUUCAGGCUGCAAAAUCUGCUGUAGUAGAAACUCUCUUAGGGUUUGGAGCAGAUGUUCAUAUUCGAGGUGGAUCUAUUGGUGAAACAGCAUUACAUAUUGCAGCAGCAUUAACUGCCGAAAAAGCUGUGGACUGUGUGAUGAUGCUUCUGAAAAGUGGUGCCCAACCGGAUGUACCGAGAAACGAUGGUGAAACUGCAUUACAUAUUGCAGCCAGAAAUCCAGACCCUAAUAUGAUCAGAGUGUUGUUAAAUGAUGGGGCUGAUCCGCGUUUAACUUCCAAAACCGGUGAGAGCGCCUUGCAUAUAGCAGCAAAAAGUUGUAAUAGUGAGGCUGUGUCGUUAAUCCUAAGCUAUUUGUCAAACAAAUUAUCUGUUAGUGAAAUCGAAGCAUUUAUUAACUCAAGAACUUUAUCGGAUGGUUACACAGCAGUACAUUAUGCAGCAGAAAUUAAACCGGAGCAAGUGCAUAUACCGGGUGAAGAUUCUAAAAUUAUUAAUCUUCUUAUUGAACAUGGAGGUCGAGCAGAAAUACAGACACUUUCUUCGAAUGAAACAGCAAUGCAUCUGGCUGCUCGAGCAGGAAAUGCCGCUGCGAUACUAUCAAUGGUUGACAAACUGGGAGCCGGCACUGUGCAGAUUGUACAGAACAAACUAUCAAAGAACGGAUGGUCACCAUUGCUAGAAGCGUGUGCUCGGGGACAUUUUGAAGUUGCAAAAGUUCUGCUGCAAUGUAACGCUCGUAUUGAUGUUUUUGAUGAAAAUGGCCGUACAGCUUUACACCUGGCAGCUGCUAACGGUCAUCUGCAAAUCACCAGAUUACUUCUUCAAAAUAAAGCUUUUGUUAACAGUAAAUCAAAAAAUGGUGAAGCACCAUUACAUUUGGCUGCACAAAAUGGUCAUGUGAAAGUAGUAAACGUAUUAGUGCAAGAACACGGAGCAUCUCUGGAAGCAAUAACUCUGGAAAAUCAAACAGCUUUACAUUUUGCUGCAAAAAGUGGACAAUUUGUUGUAGCACAAGCUUUGUUACUUCUUGGUGCAAAUCCGAAUGCUAAGGAUGACAAGGGUCAAACUCCACUUCAUUUAGCUGCCGAAAAUGAUUUCUCAGAUGUUGUAAAAUUAUUUUUGAAAAUGAAACAAAAUCAUCGCGCUGUAUUAACGGCAGUUGAUCAGAACGGAUAUACAUGCGCUCAUAUUGCAGCAAUGAAAGGUUCUUAUGCUGUCGUUAAAGAACUGAUGAUGAUUGACAAGGCUAUGGUUAUCAAGGCAAAAACUAAAUCAUUGGAAGAAACAGCACUUCAUAUGGCUGCAGUUGGUGGCCAUGCAAAAAUCUGUAAAAUUUUACUGGAAAAUGGUGCUAAUCCAGAAGAGGAAAAUUCGCAUGGAAUGACUGCAUUACAACUGGGAGCUAAACAUGGAUUUGUUUCUAUUUUAGAAGUAUUUGAUCGAUCUCUCUGGAAGAGAUGUUCUCGAAAGACUGGGCUGAAUGCGUUACACAUUGCUGCGUUUUAUGGAAAUGCAGAAUUUGUUAUUGAAAUGUUAAAACAUAUUCCUGCCAGUUCUAGAUCUGAACCUCCAGUCUACAAUCAUUUUGUCGUCAAAGAAUUCGCCACUGAAUACGGUUUAACGCCGCUGCAUCUAGCUGCGCAGUCGGGACACGAUGCUCUGGUAAGGAUGUUGAUCAACCAAGGCGUACAGGUAGACGCAACUUCCACUACUAUGAAUGUAAUCCCACUUCAUUUGGCAGCCCAGCAAGGCCAUAUCGCCGUCGUUGGUAUGCUUCUGUCUCGUUCAACUCAGCAACAACACGCCAAAGACUGGAGGGGUCGAACAGCCCUACAUUUAGCAGCCAUGAAUGGACAUUAUGAGAUGGUGUCUUUACUGAUAGCUCAAGGAUCAAAUAUUAACGUUAUGGAUCAGAAUGGUUGGACCGGCAUGCAUUACGCAACCAAAGCUGGCCAUAGUAAUGUCGUAAAACUGUUUGUUAAGAGUUCAGCAGAUCCACAAGCCGAAACAAAGGAUGGCAAGGUCCCUUUAUGCUUCGCUGCGGCAAAUAACCACAUUGAGUGCCUUCGAUUUCUGUUAAAACAAAAGCAUGACACGCAUGCUUUAAUGGAAGAUAAAAAGUUUAUAUUCGACUUAAUGGUAUGUGGUAAAGGAAAUGACAAUGAACCGUUGAGAGAGUUUAUUUUACAAAGUCCAGCUCCUAUUGAUACCGCUGUCAAACUAUCAUCUUUAUAUCGAGGAUUAAGUGAGAAGGAAAAAGAACGUACCCGAGAUCUAGCAAAUGUGUCUCAGUAUGCUGAAAAUAUGGCAGUAGAAUUACUUGGGAUUGCUGCUACAGAAUACAAUCCGGCACAACUGCUGAAAGCUAAAGAUGAUCGUGGACGACAACUUCUUGAUGUUCUCAUUGAAAAUGAACAGAAAGAAGUGGUGUCUUACGCAUCUGUACAGCGUUAUUUAACAGAAAUAUGGAACGGUCGUGUAGAGUGGUCAUCUGCUAAAACGGCUGCAUUUACAAGCUUUGUCUUCUUAUGUCCACCGGCUUGGGUUUACUUCUCAUUACCGUUGAAUACUCGUCUUGGUCGAGCACCUAGCAUCAAAUUUGUUUGUCACAUCGUUUCCCACGUAUAUUUCACUAUCUUGCUGACUAUUGUUGUAUUGAAUUUGACUCAUAAAAUUUAUGAAGUAACAAGUAUUCUUCCUAAUCCUGUGGAAUGGGUAUUACUUCUUUGGUUAUCGGGCAAUUUGGUGUCUGAAUUGUCUAAUGCUGGUGGAGGCUCUGGACUUGGUCUUGUCAAAGUACUUAUACUUAUUCUAAGUGCGGCAGCAAUUGCUAUACAUAUAUUGGCAUUUCUGCUACCUGCUUUAUUCAUGCAACAUUUGGACAACGAUGAGCAACUUCAUUUUGCUCGAACAAUGCUUUAUCUGAAAAACCAGCUGUUUGCUUUUGCUCUUUUGUUCGCUUUCGUUCAGUUUCUGGACUUUCUUACUGUGCACCAUCUAUUCGGGCCUUGGGCUAUUAUUAUCAGGGAUCUGAUGUACGACCUUGCCAGAUUUCUUGUAAUCUUGGUACUUUUUAUUGCUGGUUUUACGCUUCAUGUCACCUCAAUUUUUCAGCCUGCGUAUCAACCAGCUGAUGAAGACAGUGCUGAACUGAUGCGACUUUCAUCUCCAAGUCAAACUUUGGAGAUGCUAUUCUUUUCGUUGUUUGGUUUAGUCGAACCGGAUUCUAUGCCACCGUUACAUUUAGUUCCUGACUUUUCUAAAAUUAUCCUUAAACUUCUGUUUGGAGUUUAUUUGCUUGUAACUUUAAUUGUGUUGAUCAACCUUUUGAUUGCUAUGAUGUCCGACACAUAUCAACGUAUUCAAGCACAAUCAGAUACGGAAUGGAAAUUCGGGAGAGCAAUCUUAAUUCGACAGAUGAAUAAACGCUCUGCAACACCGGCGCCAAUUAAUAUGCUUACAAAACUUUGGGCUGUGUUACUGGUGGCCUACAGAAACAAAUUGCGUAUAUGUACACAAAAGGCUCAACAAGAUUUGCGCUAUGAGGAAGAUAUUGAUGCAUUUUCAAUGAGUGACGAACUUGCAGGCCGGCUUAGCCCACUACCUAACCCAGAUGGUGUAAGAGGCACAGAUGACUUUGGUGAGUCUAAUAUAAAUUUGGACACUAGCAUCCAUUGGAAACGUAUUGUUGAUAUGUACUACAGGAUUAAUGGAUCUGUUGAAGUUGAAGACAUUCAGGUGGAACUACCACAGGAGAAAGGCUAG